AUGUUCCCGAUCAAACUGUGGCCCGUUCGAGCACUAACAUCGACAUCUUUAGCACAGCAAUGGAUGGUAGUGCGUUCGCUUAGUUUCGGUGCAUCCCGGUUAGCUAAGAAAGCCGAACAGGCGGCAGAUGAAGAGCUGGCCGCGGAAGACCUGCCGGUAACGUUUGUGGACGAUGAUGCAGAAUCAACACAAGAACGUGAGGCUCGCAUCGCGGCAUUGCGGAACAAAUCGGGCUUGCUGACCGCGCAUAGAAACAUGCUGCAUGACGUACUGCCGUACGACCAGUCACAAUCAUGGAUACACGAAACCGUGAAGUACAAACGAAUGAUGCUUGGAAGAUACGGCAUCGAUGGAAGCAGAGUUGAUCCUCGAGUGUGCUUUCCUACCAAAAAGGAAGCAUUUGAGAAGAAGGAGUACGAGCGUGUUGCAUUUCCCUUUGGCUUGAAGCAAAUGAUGGAUGAGAACGAAGCCGCACGUAAAGCGCGCAAGGCGGCGGUGGAGGCUCGCGAAGCAGACGUUGCACGCAAACUAGAAAAGCUUGAUCAGUGGACGUCGGAUUUAAAUGCCCGUAUUGCCAAGAAGGAAGCUGAGGCACGUGCUGCGAAGGAACGAAAGGAUCGUUUGGUGGAGGAGGUACGAAGGCAUUUCGGAUUCAAAGUGGAUCCUCGGGAUGAGCGGUUCCAGGAGAUGUUGGCCCAGAAGGAACGCGAAGAUCGAAAGAAAGUCAAAGAGGCCAAGCGAAAGGAAAAGGAAGAGAAAAUGAUGGAAAAACUACAAAAGAAAACAGCAGAGCUAGAAGCCGAAAUUGAUGUACCAAUUGAGAAGACAAAAUAAAUUUAAUAAACGAAUAAAUUAGUUAGAGGAA